CUUCAUGAAUGCUGCACAAAGAAACAAGAGAAACAGUACGCACGUGCAGUGUUUUCACGGGUGCUUUUCCGUUGACAUGUAAAACUACUGUGACUGAGAGUAAAAAAACACAGUGUAACAGAUGUUUUUUUAUUCAUUCCUGGUUGGCACAGAGCGAGGUAAGUACACGGUUAGCUUCUCCCGUUUUUUCUACGCUUUUUCCCGGGAGCCUGUCUAAAGAACAGUAUGUAUUUAACUAAAAACGUUUAUUCUGGUUGUAAAUAACUGUAUUAAACCAACGGUGUUGGGAAGGGGCAUUUCAUUCCCCUAUCAAAAGAUGGUGCGGGUGACUCGACAGACCGCAAGUUAAAUUUCCAUGGACUGCAGUGGAAAACAAAAAUAUUUUUCGGAAAUACAGCGUUUCAAGAACCACAGAACUAAAAAGAAUAUGAUCAGUCAUUUUUUCUGUGGCCUUAUUUAAGCAAUUGUAAUCUUGGUUUUAAAUUUGAAUUUUUAAUCUUUGUUUGAUUUUGACAGAAUGGUAAUGUAUUAUAUUGUGUUUGAAAGAAAGGGAAAUAAAAUUUGAACCUUCUAGAUAUAAAAUAGAGACUUAUGUAUGUGUUCCAGCGAAUUUCGUCGCGCGCCUUGCCAGUUAUAUCAUAUUUGCAAGAUAUAUAUCUUAACGCAAAUGUGGACGGCAAACUGCGAGUGUUAUAUGCACAGAACACGGGUUUAUAAAAGCAAGUAGUUCUUAAAUUAUAAAUCCCUAUUUCAGUUAUUAUAACCCGCCUUUAUAUAAACUCCCCUAUCGUUGAGUUUCUCAACAAAUCAGUUCUAUUCCUUCAAGAAACAUAAGUGCUGUUGCCAAUGACAGGAAAAUGAUGUGACUCGAGUGAUAUGAAACCUACUUCAACUCCUUAUCGGUCAAAGAACGAAGUCUCCGUUUUAGAAACACGACGCGACUCGUUUCGCUUUCCAUUAGAUCUCCGAAUGAGAGGAAAAUUCUAGCCUCGACUGGCACAUUUUGUACGUGCAACCAGCACAGAUUUUCACCUCCCCGCGCGCGGCAGCCGAAUCUUCCUCAGUCCAAUUUCGCUCUUCAUUGAAUUCUGUAGGUCUUGAAUUGUUCAAAGGCAAACCGAGUGGCCUUACUUCAAAUCCCACAAUAAGUUUAAUGCCUUAGUAAAAGGUCAGUUCAAGGUGUUAAUCAAGGAUUACGUUAAUUCCGGACCUAAUCAGUUGCCUCAGGGACAGAAGACGAGAUAGCGAAAACACAAAUCGAGGGAUACAAGGGUACACCCUUUUCAACUUUUCGGAAAUUUGCCCACAAUUUUUUUCGCUUUUAAGAAUUAAUUCAGUUCAUUUUAAAAAUAUUUUCAUGAUAUACUUGAAGAUUUACAAAUGACCAGCAACAAAUGUGUCAUUUUCAGAGGGUGCAGAGAUCGUUUGUUCGGUAUUUUACAUAAUUGACCCUUGGCCAAUAAAUGCUCUAUUGCGGUUUGUUAAACCCAAGAUUGGACCUUGGUCCCAGACUUUUGGUUCAAAGAAAACUCGGUGCUUUUUUAAACAAUCUAAAGUUUUCGGAUGCCUUGUCGAGCGUAACGGAUAAAAUUAACCUUGGCCCUUGGAAAAUACUGCCACCGACUGAACUCGAUUUACCAAGAUAUGCCCUAGUUACUGUAUUUUAAGAUAUAUUGAGCCAUUUUGGAAGUCGUUCAUCUCAAGUGGGCCUUCAAUGAAAUGUUAAAUUACCAUAAAUAUUUCAUUAUCAUAAUUGUUGUUUAUGUUGAAAGAAGUGUAAAAAUAAACCUUACAAUACUGUGGUUUCCCGAGCUUACGCACUGAAGUGCAUUGCCUCUUGGAAUAGGCGACGAGAUCUCUCGUUUUUGGUUUGAGUAGUGCCACGAAAUCACGCUUAAUUCAGCGACUGACUAGGACCUAGCAAGCAGAUCGAGCAAAGUUGUAUAAAUAAAUGCUUAAAACAUUGACCGAGGGUUUCAAUAACACAGCAAAUACACAAGAUGCCACGGAUGGGCAAAACUAAAUAAGAUUGAAACGGAUUGCAAUUGGGGUUUUGAAAACUGCCGAUCCUUGAAGUUUUCGAUCUUUCAGAAGUUUGAUAUCUGCGGUUUGUAAAUGAAAUCAGUCAAGCGAGGUGUAACGCGCAUGGCAAACUAGGCAAUUUCUUCGAUGAAUGUUAAGUACCAUUGUAAGGACGAUUAGUUGGGGGAAAAUGCAAACAAACAAAAAAUAAAUUAAACUAAUCGAAAUAGACUGGACUCAAUUAAACAGCUGCUUUAUGUAAAAGGUAAGUGAAAGAAAUGACUUCCUUUUGAUUAUAAACAUGCAUAGUCUAUUUAAAACUGCGGAGGCGUUUUUGCAGCUUGAGGAUAACCUGCUGAAACAUUUUUAAUGACUUCACUAUACACAAAUUUUAUCAUUCAAAAUCCGAAAAUCCCCAUGGAUUUUAUUUCACUCUAGUUAACAUGAACGGAAUCGGCGUCUGACAUCCCUUGAAAUUGAUGCAAAAUGAGUCCUGCAAAACGCAUUUUUUCUUUUCUUUUUUUCUUAAUUUCUUUCAUUUUCUUUUUCCCACAAUAUCUUCCGGCAGCGUCUUUCACAAUUUCACUGAAUUCUUGUCUGAUAAUGUGACUGGCAUAAAAGCAAUAUUUUUCAUUCAAAAUACUUCUUCGUUUAUCAUGAACUAUUUCCUUUUACGAUCAAGCAGGUUCUUCUUUAUAUAAGAGCACUUGAAUAGAUUCUACAAUUAGUUCAGCUAUUUUUGAACACAAAGUGCCAAAACACUAUAAUACAGACGUUUCGGAUUUAGCCUUUAGCCAGUGGAAAAUUCAAGUUGAGCCGGUAUGCGACACGAUGGCAAAGGAAAUCCGAGCAUGGAAGUCAGAGUUCAAGCCGAGCGGUUGACUGGUUUCCAGGCUCUAUAAGUUUCUCGGUUAGUCGGGACGUAACUGACAGAAAAUCAAACAAAAUCGGCAAACAUUAGACAAAAGGCCUGCUCUACUUUACAUUUGGCUUUUAGAACAUAUUUAACCCAUCCUCCCCCCAAAAAAAAACUAGGGUCAAGGUUCAAAAUUUCAUUCGGUCAUUUUUUUUUUUCGAGCAAAGUAUCGUUUACGGUCAAGUUCCAAAACUGACUACCCUCCGAAAGUAUCAAUACACAAGCCUGAUGAUUGAUGUUAUUUUAAAUGUCAAAAACGAGAAAUGUAAGAAAAGCUCCUAAGCUUAUUUUAGAUGUUUUAGCUCAGAGCUUGUAAAGCGGCAGUUUACGGCCUGGUAAACACUAUAGAUGAUGUAACGGUAACCUGACCUUAAAAAUGUGGACGAUGGUAUGAAUAAAGCUUUACCUUACUUUGCAUCUUUCACGGGGAGAUUUUUAUCUUUUUUUUGUGUCCCUUAAGUUCUAUGUAAAGAAAUAAUUUGUACUCGGAUAUCCAGCGUUCCCGGCCUCGCCUUUACAUUCACACUGCGAACAAUUCGCCGGCAUCAAUUGUUUUCUAAUUACAUUUGUAGUGGCUUUAUUUGAUCAUGUUUCACACGUUGUCUAUAAAGUAAGGUUUUUGACCCGGAAACUAAAGAACGUUUACAGAGUAACAACCUCUUGAAAAUAGAGCCAAUAACUCUCGAAACUUACUCUUUCGAUCGACCUAAGAACUCGUGCCCAGUUCCCGCUCUCAAAGAUAACUAAAAUGGCAUCGACCACGUUGUUGGUACUGGAGCCGCGAACAGGAGCGAUUUUAAACACGUAGAAACCGAAGGCUGGAAAGUAAUGCAACAAAGCUCGUUUACCCUAUAGUUAAAAGUAUUAAUAGAGAUUUUAGGACAGAACUGGGUGUGAUUUCAAAAAAAAGGACUAGAUAGAUUAGUAUUUUUAACCAUAUUUUUUUGUUGAGGAAAACACACGCGGGACCGAAAAAAGUAAAUAUUUCUUGUUAAAGUAAUUUUAUAAAAGCCUUUUUUAAAAAAGUGAGCACAAAUUUGAAAAUGGGCAUGGCCCGGGCUUUUUUACGUAGGAUCGUAAAUAAGAAUGUCGUGUUUACUCAUGUAUAAGGCCUAGUUCCUAGCGGGCAAUAUUCCGAUUUUUUAUCAUUCAGCAUAGCGUUAGGGGCUAUCAAUCAAAGGAAUACCCAUGGGAGAAUUUUCCCCAAGUUUUCGAACUAAGAUGCACUUGACGUUCUACAAUGUGAAGGUACUCACAAAAUGGCCUUUCAGUGAAGAGCAAGAAAGAGACAUGAAUUUAUUCUUCAUAGGGUCGGCAAACAAUUACGAAUAGUAGUAGUAGUAGUAGUAGUAGUAGUAGUAGUAGUAGUAGUCUUUAUUUCCUCACAAGAUAGAAAAUACAUAUCUUAUGUUACAAUAUUUGAGUAAAAAAUAUAUAUAUCUAAGUUAUUUACAAUAAUAAAAUAAAAACAAAGAGCUACGCUCACAUAGCUAAAUUGUAUUUAAAAAUUAAGCGAUUAAUGUACGAGUUCUUGAAUCUAUCUGUAUUAACUUUCGGAUACUGACUUAUUCGAUUCCUUAAAUUGUAAGUCGAUACUUUCUUCUUGGGCAAUAGUCCCCUUAGAGGGUGUCGGUCUAUGCCAGAUACCUUACGAAAGACUUUUCUAUCCUGCUUUUCUAGAAGGUGCUUGAUAGAAAAUGAUUUAGAUGUAUAUUUACGUUUGUAACAUCUAUCUAGAAAACAAUGCAUUGCAAACCAAGAAUACACUAGACGGAUAUAUUUUUAGCCCUUUUUUUCCCGAAUAAAGUUGACUGUAAAUCCUGAAAGAUUUCUCAUUGGUUUACCUCAGUACUAUCCUAUUAGUUUUAACUGACUGAAUUCAAAGGGAGUUAAAAAGACAAAACCGGCUCUCAUGCAUGUAGCAGUCCCAUGCUUAUCCGUCGAGGGUGCAGUUCUUCAGCCAGUGCACCUCGCAGGAUACACUGAAAUCGAGCGAAUGUCCUCUUUUUGCCACAGAAUUAAAACAAGAAAGCAGGAUGGCCUCAAACUUAAACCCCGACGCACAGUUCUCGAAAUUUGUAUUAUUCAGUUUUUAACACUGAAAAUGUUUUUACAAUGUUUUUACAAACUAUUGUCGACUCUUUCUAAAAUGGGCGUGUCCGCCUGCCAUUUGUUAGAUGGUCGCCACGCGAACAAAUCAUUUGAUUUCUCUCUUCGUACACCAGUUUACCUAUACAAUACCCAACGUCAUAUUUGCAGGAACACAGGAGCAAAUUUGACUGGCUUGUUAACGAAAUGCUGUACAUCAAACAAUUAAGACCGCGCUUGAACAUACACUAACAGAUUCAAUCCAUGCGAAAGUCUUCUUCGUCUAGCUCUACAUCAUUUAUGCAAAUUUACUGCAUAGACUCUUUUCUUUCCCGUAUUUAUUUAAUCCCGAUUCCUUGAUAGUGGCGUCAUGAGGUCGCAGAAACGUUGGAACAUUUUCUCGUUAGUUUUUACAUGUGUAUGAUUCUCUAAAUCAUUAUUAAUAACAAGUUAUUUUUUUUCUUAGUUUUCAGAAUGGCGAUCCGCAACUACGAAGCAUCCUACAAGAAGUACUUUCCAGAUACCUACGAAAAGAUCGGUAAAGAUUCUACACAUGAUGAAGUUCGGCAACUUUACGACGAGUGGGCAGUCAAAUAUGACGAGGUACGUACAGCUUAUUAAUCCAGCCGAGUGUCACUGGCUAAAGAGUCUCCCCGCUACCGUCAUAACCAAGAAAUCCGUAUAGUGUAUACAGUGUAUACCCGGCCGUCGACUGCCGCUUGUAAGCUCCGGGCUAACACAUCUUCGUAAGGGGUGUUAGAAACACUUAUAAACGGAGGGGCUUAUAUCCGCAUCGAAACAAGUUACAGCAGUGCCGAUCAAAGACUGGUUUUCGAUUAAGGUUAAAAAGGUAAUCAUAAAUCGAAUUAUCAUUCGAAGCAAAUUUUUCUUUCUUUUCAUUGGCCGAGAACCCACCACAUGACCUUUAAAUAACUGCCUAUAAAUAAUGGUCUGCUCAUGCGCAAUUUCGUCCAACUGUGUUUGGCUGCAAAUAAUAUUCUGCACAUGCGUAAAGGAAACCGUGCUUUUCUCCUUCUUGCAAUCGCUCUUGCGUGAAAAUGGCAGAUCGCUUCGCUUCCCGAGGAUAUUCAUUAAAAAAACAAACUCGGUGAUCGAAUGAUGAAACAACUAUUGAACUCGGUUAUCGCAAAAUAUCGUGAUUUGUCAGUGUCUGCUCGCCACAGAAAAAUCACGAUAUUUUGCUCAACCUCGUCCAAUAAUUGUUAAUUGUUUUCAAUGUAUUCGGAGGAGAAUAAAUAUUCUCUAAUUAAAUUCGCUGCCCAAAAAUACAAGACAAAGAAGUCGUCAGUUAGAUUAUUUUUGGGAGGGAGAGAAGCGACGACCGAAUACGUCUGCUGUUCGCAGGCUAGUCGUAAGUGUGUUCGUGUUUACUGAAUGGAAUGACUAAGUAAAGUAACAUAGUUUUCUGCUUUUACAUAGGGUACUCACACCGUUGUGUUGUUUGAAAAUAUGUAUUUCCAUUGCUCUUACUCAAUAAAAACGAAAAUAUUGUCAAUGCUAAAAUUAAUUCCCAGUAAGAAAGGCCAAUGUUUCCUAAUCGAAAAAUUAGUUCCCCCAAAGCACAAAAAAUCGCCAAUCCGCAAAAAUAAACUCCCGAAAAAAUUUCGUAGCGCGCGGUAUAUCCGAGGGGAGAGGGGAGGGCUUAUAAUUGGAUGUAUGUUUCUGUUGACAAGCGCAGGUGGGCUUAUACCUUGGGGACUUAUGAGUGGGGAAAGGGUCAUGCGGUACGACUUCCGCCGGUGAGUAGAUGUUACAGUCGAUAAGGCUGUCCAUACGAAGCUCGGCAACUUUGGGGCAACUUUUCAGAUUUCAGAGUUUAUUAUUUUAUGUUAUUACAAUAACUCUAAGGUCCUCGUCCACACGUAUCCGGUAUUUUUUUAAAACAAAGAUUGUUCUCUCAGUUUUUGUCGAGUAUGGUUUUAUCUGGCUGGGCAGAAUCAGGGGGGGGGGGGGGGGGGGGAGGCCGUAAGCUAGCUUCCCCAAUCUCCCUGGCACAAAGCUUUAUCGAACACAAACUAAUUUGCUUUCCAUUGAUGUGAUCUCUUCAGCAAAUUGAUGCAGCUGGUGUCGCGUUCCACAAACCACUCUCUGACUACAUGAACAGUUUUGCGAAGGAAAGUUUUCCCAGCAUUCCUAAAGAUCAGCUGAAAAUCCUCGAUGCUGGAGCUGGAACUGGGCCAAUAGGGAUCGAACUUGAUAAACUCGGUUACACUUGUGUCCACGCGCUUGAUAUCUCGGAAGAAAUGCUGAAUGUAGCGAGAAAGAAAGGCGUGCCAUACAAGAGGUUUAUCUGCGCAGCUCUGACGGAGAAGAGGGUAUGCGAAGUUGAAACAGGAGAAUUCGAUGUUGUGAUUGCCGCUGGUGCUUUGAUAAUGGCAAACGUGCGACCAGAAGCUUUCGUGGAGAUAGUAAGAAUGGUGAAGAAGGGUGAGCUGGUUUCUCUGUCUUUGAGGGAGAGUUAGAUCUAAGGAGACGGGCUUUACGAACCUUCGCUUUCGCUGUGAUAAAAACGUAUCUAAAAAUCAAAAAGCUCUACCGCACAUUCUUCUACGUAUUUUUAAGGCAUAUCUGGCUCCCGGGUGAAGUAGAAAGGGGACAGGGGUGACUUCCGUGUGUUAAGGGGACAGACGCCCCUCCCAUUUGGUUGAACAAAGUACGAAUCGGUUUAGACUGGAAAUAAACAGUUUUUAGCUUUACACCGUUUGCGUUUUACUGAGCAAAAAUAUUAUUUUUACCUUACAAACCCCUAGCUAUAGAUUCCACUUAGCUCAACGUAGGUUUUGUUUCUUUUAUCGUACAUAGGUGGUCUCGUCUGCUUUUUGCUCCGGUACAAUGAAGUAGAUCACUAUGAACCCAAGAUGACGGAGCUAGAGAAAGAAGGAAUAUGGGAAAAACUUGGAACCAAGAAAAUCCCUUACUUUAAUCAGGAGGAUUUGCCCAGUUAUGGCCAUGGAUUUGUGUACAAAGUUUUGAAGAAAUGAACUAUAACGUGAAGUAAUGGCCGGGUCAAUAUACGGCUUAAUUUUAAGCAUUGUAACCUAAGAAUAGGCUAGGCUGGCGGUGACUUUCUUUUGAAAGAAACUUCAGUUCCGUUGAAAUGUAUAAGAACAUAAUUUAGAGUUUAAAAGCAAUGAGGUUUCCGUCAAAACCAGGCCACCUCUUGCCUCCUAACGUCCAUUCAAGGCUAGUUUACUUAGUAGAAAACCUUCUGAUAC